AUGUACUGGUAUAUCUCAUUUCUUCGACCCCCACCUGUAUCAGUCUCUUCCGGUACCAAGGAGAUCACAAUAACGCCUCAAGUAGCGAAUGAUUUGAGGACUGAAUUACGAUACGAGCCCACUACGAUAUACUAUACAUGGCAGAGAUUAUCGCCUACGAUAUCACCUCUGACACCUUCAAAAGAAUUGACUACCUUCAUCCCACCUCAGAGUACUUAUAAACCUAUUUCUGUACCGUUACCAGGAAAUGUACGAAUAGGUGAAUCAUGGAGACUUGGUCUUUUCUCCAUUCCUUCCGACAAAGGAAAGACUGGUGAGGGUGAAGCUGGACCUGGACCUGGACCUUCAUCUAGUCUAUUAAGGUUAUGCGAGGAUCACGUGGAUGUAUUGGGAGUAUGGAGUGAAGGUAUAAAUGUAAUUCGGAGUGAAGCUUUAACGACAGGAGUAGUCAGAGGUAUCGAUAAUGGGAAAUCAAGUAUCAAGAGUAAAGAAAAACCCAAAGAUAAAGGAAAAGGCAAAGCAAAAGACAAGGAAAAGGAAAAAGAUGAUAUACCCAAACAAGGUAGGAUUACAAGAGAUUUUAAUUUGCCACAAGAAGGAGUCUUGACAGUUGUCGAGCAGACAAGUUUCGAUUUGGACAAGAAAAUAUGGGAUUCAGGACUAGCGCUAUCGUCUUGGAUAUGGAGAUACAUCAACUCAUCUCAUGAUCAUCCUCUGGCCAAUAGAGUUAUAGGAUUGAUACGGAAAGAAGGACACCAUCUGAACAUACUUGAAUUAGGGAGUGGAACGGGAUUGGUUUCAAUCGCACUUUGUUUAUCAUUGAAUCGAUUUCAUCCAAAUUUGAAACGAAAAGUAAUAGCUACUGAUCUAGAAUCAGCUAUACCUCUAAUGAAUGAGAAUAUAUCACUGAAUUUUUCUCAAGAGAGAUCCAAUACGAUAAAUGUGGAUCUAGAAGCUCAACUAUUGGAUUGGGAUGAUCCUUUACCUGGAUGGGUAUCUUCAAAUCAACCUGAAUUAAUCAUCGCUGCAGACGUAACUUAUAAUACAUCAGCAUUCCCUUCCCUACUUCGUACUUUACUUUCACUUCUCAAACCAACUCCGUCAUCAUCAUCAUCAUCACCAUCACCAUCAUCAAUAGGAAAUGCCAUCAAACCAUUAUUGGCUCUAGCUUAUAAACAACGUGAUCCUGCCGAAAGGGGAUUAUGGGAUAUGCUGACAUCCCAUGGCGUGAAUAUGGUUUUAGUCGACAGAAUUAGAGGUGCAGAGGAAGAUGGUGAGACUGAAAUUUGGAUAGGAGGUUUUGGGAAAGACACACCGUGA